AUGAAGGGCGCCGUUGUUAUCAGAUGGACACUCCUGGGCCGGGCUGCCGCUCAACGCAGCCCCGGAGAGUCUAAUGCUAUCGUUUCAUGUGAAGGAGAUUUUCAGCCAAUUUCUGCUAUUGACUUUAUAUCCGCCAUGAAUCCAGGCUGGAACCUCGGGAAUACGAUGGACGCAGUCCCGAAUGAGGGUAGCUGGAACAAUCCACCUGUGGUCGCGUCAACUUUUGACGACGCCAAAGCCGCCGGCUUCAAGAGCGUGAGAAUCCCAGUGACAUAUGCGGACCAUUUCACGGGGAAAUCCCCCGACUGGACGAUUGACCCAGCGUGGCUUAAGCGAGUCUCCGAGGUAGUGGACAUGGCUUUGGACAGAGACUUAUACGUAAUCACGAAUAUUCACCACGAUUCUUGGGAAUGGGCUGAUGUAACAGCAUCCGAAGCUAAUGUUACAAUGAUCGAGGAGAAGAUAUAUAGUGCCUGGCUCCAAAUCGGGGAGACACUUGGAUGUAGAUCUUCUAGACUGGUUUUUGAACUGAUCAACGAGCCCCCGGCGAAUUCUGCUGAAGAUGGGUCUAAAAUCAAUAGGAUCAACGAGCUGUUUCUAAAGGCCCUUGCAGACUCCGGAGGAUUUAAUGCACAACGUGUUGUCACGCUGGUUGGAGGUAGUAUGGAUAGCAUUAAAACUUCAAACUGGUUCAAGGCUCCGACUGGAUAUUCCAAUCCCUGGGCUAUCCAAUAUCACUAUUAUAGUCCAUGUAAGGGCAAAACCACAUGGGGAUCCGACGCAGACAAGGAGAGAAACUUCACCAACGUGCCUCUAGUUAUUGGCGAGUUUGAGGCCAACACGUUUUUAGAACCCGCUGCGAGAAGGAAGUAUAAUGACUUUGCAGUACGAACAGCUCGAAAGUACAACACAUCCGUUAUCCUCUGGGAUAACGGCAACGGCGCUUUGGAUCGUGCCACCCAUACUUGGCGUGACCCUUAUCUCAUCGAUAUUAUCAACAACGCCGUACAAGGGGUUUCGAACAGCUUAUCGGAUUCAACAACUGACGGGUCUGCUAAAGAACAGUCUAGUUCCGCUUAUAUAUUUCAUAAAGUAGGAGACGACGUUACGGACCAGACCGUAAAAUUCAUAUUGAAUGGAAACAAGAUCAAAUUCAUCCAGACGUCAGAUGGGAAAGGCCGCAGGGCUUCGAGAGACUACUGGGUAGUGGACGACGCUGUUACCGUAAGGAAAGCAUUCUUAUCGAAGUAUCUGUCCCCGACAACCGAUCCAGGAAGCAAGGCAAAUCUCACUGUAUCCUUCUCCGCCGGUGCAGAGGUGACUGUCGAGAUUGUCCAAUGGGACGUGACUACAUUAGAAUCGACCGCCUCACGCGCCGUGUCAGGAUCCGAUCUUCGAAUUCCUAUUACUUGGAAAGGACUAUACAAGUUAGCAGCCGUGAAGAUGUUACGAGACGACGGCAUUUACCUCUUCGAUGACUGGACGCAAUAUUUAGGUCCUUUUCAACAGGCUAGAGGGGUAAGAGCAUUUCAACCUAUAGAUGGUCCGCAUGUGGUGUUGAAAAAAGCGGUAAUUUCACAAGUUAUGACAAGCAAAGUGUCCACGACUUUUACUUUUGAGUUUUAUCUUAGAAUCGAAAGUAACGCGAUCAAUUACACAUUAAUAAUAUAA